AGGAGAGCACCAGCUGGUUUCAUUGGCUGAGGUGGUUAGGUCGAACCCGCAGCCUUGUUUUAAGAGGCAGCCUUUGAAAUCUGUGCCACAGAGACGGAGGAGGACCCGGGACAUGCAGAACACCUCCAGCAGCUCAGCCAUGAAUGUCAGCAACGAAGUCUGGGCCCUUCUGUGCAGCAGCACGAACUGCAGCGACGACUACGGCGUCAACGGCAGCGAGAACGACUCCCUGUGGUGCGAGGCCGGGGAGCACGAGCUCACCAUCAAGCUGUUCCAGACGUGCGCCUUCUGCCUGAUCUUCGUGCUGGGCGUGAUGGGGAACUGCCUGGUGAUGGCCACCUUCGCGCUGUACCGCCGCCAGCGGCUGCGCUCCAUGACCGACAUCUUCCUGUCCCACCUGGCGCUGGCCGACCUGCUGCUGCUGCUCACGCUGCCCCUGCAGGCCACCGACACCCACCUGGGCUGGAUCUUCCCGGAGCUGCUGUGCAAGGCCACGCGCGUGUCCUACGCCGUCAACACCUACAGCGGGCUGCUGCUGCUGGCCUGCAUCAGCGUGGACCGCUACCUGGUGGUGGCGCGGGCCCAGAAGAUCUUCAAGCGGCGCCGGCUGCUCCUGGCGGGCGGGCGGGUGGCGGCGGCGUGCGUGUGGCUGCUGGCCGUGCUGCUCAGCCUGCCCGAGAUCCUCUACUCCAGGGUGUCGCUGCUCUACUGCGGCAUGCAGGUGAGCGGCGCCGUCAAGAUGGCCACCAACGGCGCCGUCAUCGCCGUCUUCGGCCUGUCCUUCCUCACCAUGGCCUCGUGCUACUCGCUGAUCGCCCGCGUGCUGCUGCGCAACGCGCAGCGCCGCGGGAAGCAGCGCUGGCACCGGCAGCGCACGCUGAAGCUGAUGCUGGCGCUGGUGCUGCUCUUCCUCACCUUCCAGCUGCCGUACACGCUGGUGCUGUCCCGGAAGCUGGCGGGCGGCUUCUGCGGCCCCCUGCUGGAGUACGUGACCUGCACGCUGGCCUACACGCGCUGCAGCCUCAACCCCGUGCUCUACGCGCUGGUGGGCGUGCGUUUCCGCGGCGACGUGCUGCGGCUGCUCCACGCCUGCGGCUGCUGCGGCCCGGACCCGGCGCCGCGCGCCUUCAGCCGCUCGUCGGCGUCGCCCUCGUCCCCGGCGCUCACCGCGCUCUCCAGCGGCGACGCGGCGCCGCACACCAGGUUCCAGUUUUCAGGGAAGCACAAGUGAUGAGUGGGUGUCUGUUGUUCUGAGUGUGCGUUAGUAGACGUGGGACUGUACAUUAGCUGUUAAUACGCUCCAAACUCCUCCAUCAGCUGGUGCCGUUUGAAGCCACGCCGACGCCUGGACGAACGUGGACCCUGUGACGAUCGCUGUCAUUAAAGUGUGGAGAAAAAGCAGAAGCUGCCGUUGACGCACGUGGAGCGUGGGUCAGAACCGUGACACAGCGAACGGGCCUGAUCACACUUCAUUUGUCUGUCAGACAUCAGAUGCUCCAGAGUCACUGCAGCUUGCGUUUCUCAACUCAACCACAGCUUUGCAACAUUUAAAGGAACUGAAAACAAGUUUGUGUCAAAGCUGAACUUGUAUUUUGUCUUUUUCCGAACGUGUGCGUUUGUUUCCUGGGCUUGUUUGAUCUUUUUCCCUGCCGUAGAUGAACUGCUUCAGAGCUCCACACAUUUAUCACCCCAUUCAUUUUGUAUAUAUUAUAUAAUAUUACAAUAGUUACUUUGUUUGUUACUCAAGCGUUGACUUGUUUUCAUGUUCACUUGUUUCUUAAUAAACUUUAUAACCUUA